AUGUUUGGGUCAAAUGCCAAUCCCAGCAAAGAUGAAGUUGUUCUCAUAUCCAUGACUUCCAAGGGAGCUGCUUCUCAUCACGAGUCAGGUGUCGACGAAACUCCCCUGGAAGAUCUUGCUCGCCAUCCUUCACAUGCUUAUCCCACCGCCCUUGACAGUCCAAUAUGGCUCCCCCGCCGAUCGACAAGCUCGGGCGGUGUCGGCGCACGUAUCCAUCGCGGCUUGGCAAGCGAAAAAGAGAUGACUCUGCUUAGCUGCUGCCGACACUUCCCCAAGGCGAUUAUGUGGUCUUUUCUCCUGUUCCUUACUGUUGUCAUGGAGGCAUACGAUAAGUCACUCAUCUCGGGCUUCCUUGCCUUUCCGUCCUUCAGGCGUAGGUACGGAGAACCCAGGCUGCCACUUACUGGCUCUGCUGGGGAGCAAGACUAUGAGAUUUCGCCAUUAUGGCAAAUGGGACUUCAAAAUGCUGCCGUCGGUUGCGAGAUUAUAGGCCUUCUUGCCCAUGGUUAUAUCUCAUAUGUGAUUGGAUACCGCAAGAUGAUGAUUGUCGCACUUUUGUGGAUGUGUUUCGCAGUGUUCCCAGCUUUCUUCGCUCACAACAUCGCCCUGCUACUUGCCUCCCAAGCUCUCUGUGGUAAGACUACCCCCACCCAUCAACUCCAUGCGCUAUGCAUACACGAUUAUCUGAAACUAACGGGUCCUUCCCAAGGCUUGUCGUGGGGUGUGAUUCAAACUUUAGCUGCGACUUAUGCUGCUGAAGUAGUACCCUCGGUCAUCCGUGCCGCCAUCCUCAGCAAUGUCAAUAUGUGCUGGCUAAUUGGCCAGCUCAUGGGCACUGGAAUACUGCGGGCACUUCUCAAGAACACGUCAGAUUGGUCGUAUCGCCUACCAUUUGCCCUGCAAUGGGCAUGGGCGGUCCCACUGCUGUUUCUUAUCUACUUCGCUCCUGAAAGUCCUUGUAAGACUCUCCUAGUUGAGAUGUAUUGCUGUCCAUCUACUUAUUUGUUGACUCCAGGGUGGUUAAUCCGACAUGAAAGACUAGCUGAAGCUAGACAUUCACUGCAGAGACUCACGAGCAACAAACAUAUAGACAUCGAGGAUACAAUCGCUAUCAUGCAGCAUGUUGAUUCAACAGAGAAGAAACUAGGAUAUGGGGGUUCGAGCUUCCUAGAUCUCUUCAGAGGCUGCAACCGCCGGAGGACCGAAGUGUGCUGCAUGACCUGGUCUUGUCAAGCUCUAUGCGGCGCCACAUUAACCGGAUACGCCCCAUACUUCCUAGAACAAGCAGGUUUCGAGUCCUCCAAGUCAUUCACUCUAGCUACAGGAAUGUAUGGUCUCGGAAUUCUAGGCGGUAUGAUAUCGUGGAUCUUACUUUCGACAAUCGGACGGCGAAAGCUCUACCUAGCCGGCUUGGUGGCUGCGUUGCUUAUUCUCACUACAGGCGGUAUCUUGUCAAUCGUCUUGGCCGACCACUCAUCGCUCAAUUGGGCGCUUGGGUCCUUGAUCAUCCUGAUGACCUUUACUUACAACAUGUCCAUUGGUCCGGCUUGCUAUGUCAUCGUGGCCGAGAUACCUUCAACAAGGCUUCGGAUCAAGACCAUCGCCCUCGCAAGGAUUGUUUAUAACAUUUUCACUAUCAUCAACAACUUUAUCGCGCCUCAGCUUUUGAACCCAGCAGCAUGGGACCUGGGUGGUAAGUCUUGUCUGGUGUAUGCUGCUACAUCUUUCCUUUGUCUUAUAUGGUGCUAUUUUCGACUUCCUGAAACAAAGAAGCUAUCGUACUUGGAAUUAGAUAUUCUUUUCGACAAGGGGGCUCCUACAGCCAAGUUCAAGGAACUACAGGAUAGACUAGCCAACUCGGCCUAUAUCUCUGUGUCAAAAGCAGAGCGGGUCAGGAAUGCUUGGCAUGGCUGGCUGGCUUAUUCCUAG